AUGAACAGUAUAAGACUUAUGCAAGAUUGGGUCUGUCAACAUCCUGCCAAAGAGAGAAAAGGGCCCUUGAGCGUCCCCUAUGGGCAGAUAAUGGACACAGCUGGGCAAGAGCGAUACCGGACCAUCACCACAGCCUAUUACCGUGGGGCCAUGGGCUUCAUUCUGAUGUAUGACAUCACCAAUGAGGAGUCCUUCAAUGCUGUCCAGGACUGGGCUACUCAGAUUAAGACCUACUCCUGGGACAACGCGCAGGUUAUUCUGGUGGGGAACAAGUGUGACAUGGAAGAAGAAAGGGUGGUCCCCACCGAGAAGGGCCGGCUCCUUGCAGAGCAGCUUGGGUUUGACUUCUUUGAAGCCAGUGCCAAGGAGAACAUCAGCGUGAGGCAGGCCUUCGAGCGUCUGGUGGAUGCCAUUUGUGAUAAGAUGUCUGACUCGCUGGACACAGACCCCUCCGUGCUGGGUGCUUCCAAGACCACCCGUCUCUCAGAUACCCCACCACUGCUGCAGCAAAACUGCUCAUGCUAGGCCAGGCCCCAAUGUCAUGCUCACAUGUGCCCUGCUUCUCUGUUACUCACUGUCCACUCCCAACCCCAAGCAAGUUGAGGUCUUUGCCAGCCCCUGUGGUUCCCUGAAGAUGGCCCCAAUUACAGAUACUGAUGGUACAGGUUACCGUGUGGGCGAAGAUUCCUUUGACAAAAGAAAACUCCCUUUUAUGAAGGAGGUUCACUAUAGAGACUUGGAAAGGAUCUUUCCUGCCCUUAAAAUAAAAUAAAAUUUCCUUCGUUUACCAAGGUACCCCUCCCACACACAUAUAUCAGGGGCUGGCCGGUGAGGCCCACCUGCACAGCUAAUCCUAUUAAAGAAAAUGUCUCAAAGUACAA